AUGGCAGUGAUAGACAUCUUCGCCAGUGAGAUCGUGACGGAGCUUCUAAAGACAAUGAUAGCCAUCUCAAGAAAGUCAUGGCUCAGCAAGGGAAAUGCAGACAACCUCAUAUCCUUCGUCCAAGAGCUCCUCCCCAUAAUUCAAGAGAUCAAGUACUCUGACGUGGAGUUACCAGCCAUACGCCAGUCACAACUCGACCGCUUCUUUUAA